AUGGACGCCCAAGAUCACACAUCCUUAGCAAGGACAGGACUGUUAUCCAGGCUGUCCCAUAUGAAGCACUCUGGGAGGAGCAGUGUUGGCCCUGCAGUGUCUGGCCUUAGCAGCCAGAGUACAAAGGACAGUGAUGGCCGAUGGUCGCUGGCUGCACAAAACAUGAACAACUGCAACAACAACGAUGGUAAAAAAGAUGAGAAGAAAGAGGAACCCAAGAAAGAUGAGAAGAAAGAGGAACCCAAGAAGGAUGACAAGAAAGAUGACAAAAAAGAUGAGAAGAAAGAGGAACCCAAGAAGGAUGACAAGAAAGAUGACAAGAAAGACGACAAGAAGGAUGACAAAAAGAAAGAAGAGCCAAAGGAGGUGUGGAUCAUGGACCCGGCCACAGAAAUGUACUACUUCUGGCUGUGCACAAUAUCUGUUCCAGUGUUCUACAAUCUUAUGUUCCUGGUGGCCAGGGCUUGUUUUAAUGAAUUGCAGUACACAAAUACAACACUGUGGUUGGCUUUGGACCACAUCUCAGAUGUCAUCUACUACAUUGACACCUUUGUGAGAGCUAGGACAGGUUUUCUGGAGCAAGGGCUGCUGGUAAGGGAUGAGAAGGUCCUGAGAGAAAAAUACAUGAAAACACAACAGUUCAGAAUGGACAUUUUCAGUAUCAUUCCAACUGAUAUUGUAUUCCUCAAAAUUGGAAUUGACAACCCAGAAUGGAGGUUCAAUCGUCUCUUUAGGUUAGGACGACUCUUUGAGUUCUUUGACCGGACUGAAACUCGAACCAAUUUCCCUAACAUCUUCCGAAUUGCUAAUCUUGUACUUUACAUCAUCAUCAUUAUCCACUGGAAUGCUUGCCUCUACUUUGCCAUCUCCAAGGUGCUUGGCUUUGGCUCAGACACAUGGGUAUAUCCAGGCAUGAAGAAUCCUGAGUUUGCUCGCCUGGCCAGACAAUAUAUUUAUUGCUUUUAUUGGUCCACACUUACCCUAACAACUAUUGGUGAGACACCGCCCCCAGUUCGAGACAUUGAAUACUUUUUUGUUGUAGCUGACUUCCUCACUGGGGUUCUGAUCUUUGCUACAAUUGUUGGCAAUGUUGGUGCCAUGAUUUCCAACAUGAAUGCUGCACGUGUAGAGUUCCAGGCAAAGAUUGAUUCCAUCAAGCAAUACAUGGAGUUUCGGAAGGUCACUAAAGACCUAGAGAUAAGGGUGGUGAAGUGGUUUGACUACCUCUGGACAGAGGAGAAAACAUGUGAUGAAAAGCUGGUGCUGAAGAACCUUCCAGAUAAACUAAAGGCUGAGAUUGCCAUCAAUGUACAUCUGGAGACCCUAAGAAAAGUGCGCAUUUUUCAAGAUUGUGAAGCAGGUUUGCUUGUUGAGUUGGUCCUCAAACUUCAGCCACAAGUUUUCAGUCCUGGUGACUACAUCUGUAAGAAGGGUGACAUUGGCAGGGAAAUGUACAUCAUCAAAGAAGGAAAGCUGGCUGUAGUAGCAGAUGAUGGGGUGACCCAGUUUGUGGUCCUCAGUGAUGGGGCAUACUUUGGAGAAAUCAGUAUUCUCGGUAUCAAGGGCAGUAAGGCAGGUAACCGGAGAACAGCUAAUAUCCGAAGUGUGGGCUACUCUGAUCUGUUUGCCUUGUCCAAGGACGAUCUCAUGGAGGCACUCACUGAGUAUCCUGAAGCUAAAUAUGCCCUGGAGGAUAAGGGGAGGGCCAUCCUGAUGAAAGAUAACCUCAUAGAUGAAGCACUAAUGAAUGUUACUGACGCCAAAGACUUGGAGAACAAAGUCAAUCAGAUUGAAGCCAGCUUUGAUGUUAUGUCACUUAAAUUUCGAAAGCUCACAGCACAGUAUGAAUCCUCCCAGCGGAAACUCAAGCAACGUCUCUGUAAUAUGUCGAACCAGGUCCGAACUCUCAGAACGGAUAAUGAAUAG